AUGAUGAAGAGACCAGUCCCGAGCUGGCCAUGGUGGUUAUUAGGCGGUAGAAAAGGGAAAGAGACAGAGGCUAUUAAGUUCCCUACAAAGAUAAACCGAGCCAAAGGAAGAGUAAUCAAGAGGAACGAUCUGGAACUUGAGAGCUUCGGUUCCUCUGGCUCUGAAUCUGUAGCUGUAGCUGCUGGUGAUGGACCUGAAUGGUCUGUUGGAUGGACAGAGCCACAUGGACCUGAAUUCCAAAACGAUGAGGAAGGUGAUGAUGGUGGCUUCUUAGUUCUUGUUCCUUGUUACAGAGCUGUCGUCGAAGGCUCUAGUAAUAACCAGCUCUUGUCUGCUGUCAAGAAUCUCCCCAACGGUUUGUCUCCUGAUGGGAAGAACUAUAUGGAGCAAUGGCUUUCAUCUCUGCAGAACCUUUGA